CAUUAGGAUUCGCUUAAUGCGGUAGGCGGUGAGCUUUCUUUUGCAGAAAAAGAUACCAGGUACCUCUUGUAACUUAUCAGCCGCCGAGGACGUCGCAGCAGCCCUCAAAAAGAAGUAAGUACUGUUUCGUUACCCAAUCUCCUAACCAAUUUUUUCCUCAUCAAACGUUUAUUCGCGUCGCCGCAUCGACCAACGGAACGGACCCUACCAAAGUGGAUUACAUUGACAGUCGAUAAUAAUACAACUAUUCCUCCCAACAAGGUUUCUAAUAGCUUACGACAUACAACGCCGACCGCGACCCCGUCACGAGAUUUGGACGUAGACUUCAGCGCACGUCGAGCCUUCCUCAUGAGUCGGCUCGACUCGACAAGGUGCGACUGCCUCACGAGACGAUAGCAACCAUGACUACCAGUAACCCCGAUAUUCGAGCGCUGGAGCGAAUCAUAUCGAAUAUGCUUAAUAAAAAUUUACAACAGAUUUGUUCAUCUCAUGGGCUAAAAACAAGUGGGGUCAAGGCCAACCUGCAGAAUCGCAUCAAGGACGCGCUCCACGAAAAUUACACCUCCGAUCCCACCAACUUUGGCAAAAUCCGGGACACGAUAUUAUCUAUUCAGAACGGCUCUGGCCGAUCGAGUAUGGCGCCUCCGUCGGCUUCGGGCUCGGGCAGCCAGCCUCCUGCCCCGGGGAGCCACAACUAUCCUUCUUAUUACAAUCCGUACCCUCAACCCGGCGCCGGUGUGUCUCAGCAGGGCAAUCUCUACAAUAAUCGCACAGGCCUUAAUGCCUACAACCGAGCACCUCAGUCGGACAACUUAUUCAAGAAUACUCCUUUUUACACUAUCGAGACAAGAGUUAGCGCUCUGCACAUGUGCGCAGUAAUGAGUAGUCAUCGCAACUCACUCAACAUCACCUUGAAGGCUAGCGACUAUCCAGACCUGGCUCGUUGCGCCCCUUAUCCGUCGCCCAUGAGAGUUAUGGUCUUUUGUGGGACCGAGAAUACGGGCCCUCAAGAGAUCCAAUUCCCACACCAAUCCGAGCUCAAGGUGAAUGGCGAAGAUAUCAAGCAUAACCUGCGAGGUCUUAAGAACAAGCCGGGCUCGACUCACCCAGUCGACAUUACGCAACACCUGCGAUUGAAACCAAGCACUUAUACGAACAACAUCGAGUUCACCUACGCAUUGACCACGAAGAAGUUCUAUCUAGCGCUGUACUUAUGUAAAACGCAUUCGAUCGACGAGCUCGUUGCGAAGGUUAAGACGAAGAAGAUUUCCAAGGCUUCCGUCAUCAGAGAGAUUUCCAAGAAGGCUAACGACCCGGAUGUCGUAGCGACAUCCCAGGUUUUAUCUCUGCUAUGCCCGUUAACCUACAUGAGACUGAAGAUUCCCUGCCGAGGAAUGUCCUGCAACCACAUCCAAUGCUUUGAUGCGAAUUCAUUCAUGCAGCUUCAAGAGCAGGGACCGACGUGGAGCUGUCCGAUAUGUUACAAGGCAGUGCCGUUCGAGACAUUGGCGAUCGACGACUACGUAGAUGAGGUCUUGGUAACCACGCCCGAUUCGCUGCAACAGGUCACCAUCGAACCAGAUGGUCAGUGGAGAACCAAGACGGAAGAGCCAGAACCCAGACGUUCUCGACCUUCUGUUAGCGCUAAGAUCGAGGACGACGAUGAUCUUUCGAUCCUCUCUGACUCUCACAGUUUCCAUAACGGUGCUUCUACUAGCUCGAUGAACGGAAGACAUACGUUUAGCACACCGAUUCGAUCUUUUCCUCAUGGUGGAAACGGUGGAACGCCCAACGGCGGUUCUCGAGACACGCCUGCUGCGCCAAGAUCAAGCAAUAAGCGACCGGCAGAGGUUAUCGAUCUCACCCUCAGUAGUGAUGAGGAUGACGAACCCGUCGCCCGGGCACCGAAACGCCAGAAUCAGGGGACGACGCUCAACGGCCUCAGCUACACCUCUGCCUACACCCCUUAUUAGGAAAAUGGGUCUCGCUCACCGCGACUCAGCGACGCAGGAGAAUCUUCGCAACACUCAACGAAGGAGCGUUUCCAGAAGUUGAUCGCAGACCUUCUGCGAGGCAGUAAGUAUGAUCGUGAUCUACAGUGAGGGUUAGGUCACUUCGAAGUGAAGCGCGCCUCUCACAGUCCUAAUGUACACACAAGACACGAUAAUUCUGCAGAGAUCAAACCAGACUCCACCAAAUCCGAUAAUAUCGGAAGUUCUAUCUGGUGAUUCUCUAUCCUUUCCGUCGAUCAUUUUCUUGUGUACAUAGAACCCGGCCAGUUCCUCGCGCAAGAAGAGUCUAAGUGCGUGUGUUUGUGUAAGGUUACGAGGAAUGAUAGGGGAGGAAUGAUCACAUCGGCGUUUGGCGGGACGGGAAAUACCUCUUGCAUUUUGAGGCAUAAAACGGCUGGACUGCGAAACAAAGGGACCAAGUCACUACGCGAUGAAUUUCCAUGGACUCGGGGAGGCUUUUAUUGGUCUCUUUGCAUUUUAGUCUUAACUUAAGACUGAAAAAUGAUGGCAAAAACAGGUAUUGACUUACGUAAGCAUAAUAUUGACUGAGGUGUGCUUAUAUGCAUACCUAGUAGUUGAAACGAAAUGCAUGUAAGCGUGUGUUUAAUUGAUUAGCGCCUUACCCACUACGCAGCCGCUAAAGCUACCUAAACGUUAGAAACCUAGCUUCAGCCCUGUCUGUCCC